AACAAACUUGGCAAAAGGUCAAAGAAACACAACAUAUACGUAAAUCAAACUCAAGUGGAGGUAGUCGAAAAAAAAGAGAAAAAGGAACAGCAUCCCGCAAAAAACAAAAAGGAAAAGCAAUAUUUACAAGCAGCCGACACAGCAGCAACAUGUUGCCGAGGAUAACUUUUCUGUUCAUCAUCAUUUGUGGAUAUUUAUUAUUUACUGACUGCCGUGAAACGGUUCGCUCUAAGCGUGCCAAACGCCCACGAGCUCCGGAGCCCGUGAAUUUCGAGCCGGAGCCCCAGCAGGAUCUGGAAAAUGACGAAAGCGGCAGCCAGGAGAAGGAUCUGCCCGAGAUCCCGGACAAUUUCCUUAGUCCCUCGGUGCGCGAGUACCUCGAGCUGGGCAAAUCCAUUCCCGGUCGUCCCGGCGUUGACUAUCCCAUUCUGUCGGCGGUGCCGUACACAAACUUUUACUGCGACGAGCAGGAGUAUCCUGGAUUCUUUGCCGACAUGGAGACAAGGUGCCAGGGUUGGCACUACUGCGACAUCGAUGGACGCCAGGCCUCAUUCCUCUGCCCAAAUGGCACACAAUUCUCACAGGCGGUCUUCGUCUGCGACUGGUGGUUCAAUGUGCGCUGCGAUCUCUCACCCCGGCUGUAUGCCAUUAACGCCCGACUCUAUCAGCGCCCCAAGGUGAAUCCCACUCAACCACAUCGCAUCAUUACCAAACAACUGGUCGACGACAUCUUUACCUGAACCCCGAGUGAUCCUCUUUUAAAUGUAGCUUAAGUUUGCCGAUGCCUAUUAGUUAAUAGAUUAGUUCUGAUACAAGUUGCUCUCAUUAAAAUUUAAACUAAGAAUCACAUUAUAAAGACCAUUUAUACGAAAAAGAAUGUGCUAAAUAUGUA